CCCUUCUAUGUAUCGCAAAUGUUCGCGAAAACGCUUUCGGCUAGCCAUCAGCAUGGGAAAAGGUUGAGUGAACCGAGAAUACGUCAGCUGGGUUCAUUAGUCACAUGGCUCUGCCUGUCUUUCUGCUCUGAGAGACUAGAAAUUUGUGAUUUCUGGAAUCCUUUUAGAAACUUCGUGAACCUGGAACAUCUGGAAUUAUUCGCAGACUGGGGCCGACCGAGAAAGCUGGUUCCAUUUUCUGCCCCAGAAUACGGCCUCACUCAAUUGCGAACGCUGAAACUGCGCGGAUAUCUGCCAAUGGAGUUCGUACAAUGGCUUUUGAACGAGCCCGCGCACGUGGAAGAAUUGCAGUUGUGCGUUCUAGACUUCCCCGGCAUUCAUUGCGGUGGCCAUGGGGAACCGGAGCAAUUUUUUGAAGCCAUACCGCCUCACAUGCGGGAUCAGGUAGUUAUGGAUGCCAUUGAAGACCGUAGACGACUGCGAGGGCUUGCAAGAUUUGCGGAUUAUCAAGAUAAAGCGAUUGCACCUCGAUCCCUAGCAUGCUUGUCAUUCGAUACAAUUAGGCGUUUCAAAAAGCUCAACAAGUUAUACCUUUAUAAGCCAGCGGCUGGACGUGAUCAUGACGAUCUGGAAGUAUACUUCUCGGUAUCAUCAGAAUUUCGAAUUCUCCUGGAAUGGAGAGAUCUGAUACUCGCUACACGCAACACUUUGGAGUACAUCAUAUUCGAUCAACGCCCAGUGUGCGAUCUUCGCGAAAGUGAUGACCAGGCGGAAAUCGUCUGCGAGGUUUCUCACGGUGAUUCAUACAAGCGCUUUGUCGACAUAGUUCUCCCUACUUUGAUCCAGGGUGAAACAUUCCCAGCUCUGCGAAUGAUCCGGCUAUUUGGUUUUGAACCGUACGAAGAUGACCCCUGCAAGGAAGGCCCUCAAGAAUUUGAAUUACUAGGAGAAAGUGAAAACGUGCCCGCUCUGCUACAGGCCGCGUUUCCGGAGGCGAAAAUCACAAAUCACAUUGGCCGGCCGAUAUUCAUACAUAAAAAAUGGGGAGAGCUUUACGGUGGGGGCGAUGUGCUUAAUGACACUGCUGGCUUGCUUACAAUUGGGGAGAUGAUUAUGUAUUGA